AUGCUCGGCGACGCGCGCGACGCCACGGCCGGCGACGGCGCGGGCGUCAUCCGCGCGGCGCUCGUGCCCUUCUCCAACGUCCAGCGGCGCGUCAAGAACGUGACGCCGGACCUCGCCGUCGAGCUCAUCGACAAGGUCCGUCGCAUUUUCGACGUGAAAACGGUUGCCUGGUCCGCCGCCGACUCGAACUUCUACUCCACCGCGGCGUCCGCACGGAGAGGCGCGUCGCCCGUGGACAAGCGGGCGUCCUUCGUCGACAGCGAAUACAAGGCGCACGCGAAGCAGAUCGACGUUGAGAUCAACGGCGUCUCCGACGGCCCGAUGCUCCGCGCGUUGAGCUCCCUCGGCGGCUGCGUCGGCCUCGUCUUCGGCCAGUUUUCCGAGGCCUCCAAGGACGUCUCGUCCCUGCUCGCGGACGUCGCGACCGCGCUCUCCGAGUCGCGCUGGAUCUCCAUGGGCUGCGCGUGCCCCGACCAGGCGAAAGCCCUGCUCAGCAACGAGCUCCACCGCGAGUGGGGCACCACCGCCGCGAAGUACCGCGCGCGCUACCUGAUCUCCGGCCUCAAGUUCGCCGACGGCACCUGGAAGUCCAAGGCCCGCGCCCUAGGAUAA